GUAAAUGUGCUACAAAGACACAGCAGACGGCGAGCCGUCAUAAAAAGCCUGUCACCGUUGUCCAUUUCUGUAGCGGCUCGCUCUCACGCCUCUUUCUUCCUGGUCCGGGCGCAACCCCCAGUAGACGCGUCCGGACCAGCCAUGGCACCGAAGCGGCGCCGAGACGAAGCUGAGAAGGCGGAGGAGGAGAAAGACCACACAACGUCGACCAAAUGCGGUCUAGCUGGACUUCUGUCUGAGAAGAUAGAAGCCGAUGGCGUGGCGGUCACGCGCGAGGAAAGCCUCGCUGCCGUUGACUUCUUGGUCGCGGCCCUCACCAGGCUGCGCUUUGAGGCGCUGUGCCUGCUAGGGCUGGUAGCGGUCCGCAUGUGCGAGGACGCACGGCGAGAAGGUCAAGGCCUGCAGCCGCACUGCGCAACGUGUCGCCGGCUUCGGAAGACGGAGCUGGUGGAGGACGACAUGUACGCGGCGAUCUGCGCUGUGUCGGUGUGUGACCUCACCGAGCAGGGCCGGAAAAGGGGCCGGCCGUCCAAGCGGGACCAGCAUCCUGAGGACGACCUGUUCCGGCACGUCUGCGAGGAGCACUUCCCGCGCGACGAGGAGGCCGCGGGUGCUCGCGUCAACAGGUCGGGCUUGACUCCCUUCCUGCCGCCGUUGUCGAAGGGCGUGUUUACCAACGUCAAGAACCACUACGCCGCAAACUUCGCAGCCUGGCUGGCGCGCAGCUUUCGCUGCCGCAUCGACGACGAGCUUCGCGAGCUCCGUACUCCAGCCACCAAAAAGCAGGAGAUGGCCAUCAAGCGGCUUGGGGGGCUGAAGGAGGGGCAGCGGCCCUGGUCGGUCAAAGUCUGCAACGACUGCUUGACGACCUGGAACCGCGACGUCUCCGCCGCCAACGUGAUCCGUGUGCUCCUCCUGCUGAAGCCGCCGGCGGCGGGGCCGGGCUGAGAGCCUGAACGGCGCUGGCAGGGCGUGGGGCUGAGGGUGCACGUGUCGAUUGGCGGCGAGUGACGUGACUAGUUUGUUAGCUGCGGGUUAGCACGGACUGUGCACCCCACCCAACUGAUGGUUUCCGCUCGAGCGCAGCGAGUUGUCGGAAACCAAGGUUUCCUGCGCUCGGAGUGUGCACAGUUGUGGGCCCCGAAGGGGCGUGGCGUGUGUGUGUUUGUUGUUUGGGGCCCAUGCGCGGCAUGGGCGGUGGGCCCGGUUAAGUAGCGGAGCGCUGUGUCGCGCUCGCUACUUUGCGAGUUUCGUUCUGUCAGUACUGACGCCGUCGUCCCUGGCUACGCUCUAUCUUUGCGUGGCUACACGGCGGUUCGGGCUCGCUUUGCCCGCGUAUGUUUUCUUUUUAUGCUUCUCUACUUCUCUGCUUCUCUGCGUUACCUUUUUUUAUAUUGCUCAUGGCAGUUAAAGUAUCCGUCAGAGCACUACAGCAAGUUGACAAGUUCAAAUCAGCAGCUCGUUCGCUGGCGCCUUCGGCCAACGCGGUCAAAGAGUUUGGUUCGCCAUCCGUAAUUCGUCUGCGACGAGGGAUUGCUUACGGGGUUUCCGCUGCAUCUGAUGCUUGCUGAGUGCCAGCCCUGAUGCUUGCUGCGUGCCAGCCCUGCAUGGUGUGCUUGACCACUAGUUUUCACUGCGUGCUAGACCGGCUUUUUUCACUCGAUGUGCCCUUGACGAUGAUGCUAUCAGGAUCCUUAUUGUUCGCCGAGUUCGCCUCGCUGUUCGCCGAGUUCGCCCGUGACCCCCCUCCACGGACCUCGCUGCGACUCCCCAACCCGCCUCGUCGUGCCGCCGAGUUUGAGAGUCUUUUCGCCUUCGCGGACAUCGCAGCGGUAAGCCAAUAGCUUUGGGCGUGGCUCAAGUGAUUGGCUGGCCUGGCCAAGCCGAACGUGAUACCCGGAUGACAACCAGCCACGCCCAGCUUGUCAGCCACAUAGUUCAGAGCUUCAUGAGAGUCCACUUGGUUAGUGUGGGGUUAUGUGUGUUGGGCUGGAUGGUUCUCGUGUGGUUCGUGCACGGCACGAUUGUGAACGCACUGGUGGUGCAUGUGCCCACCGGAGGGCUUAACAAGAAUCUUCGUGCACGGCCGCACGUUGUAGGUCAGUGUCUUGUACUUGGUGGGGUUGCAUGUGCUGGACUCGCCAGUCCGUUCGUAUGCUGCUGCCCACCGGAGGGCUGUACUCGGGUUGACUAUGCGCGGCACGACCGGCGGAUUAUUGCAUACUGAUCGCUUGUGCGAUAGGCCCACCGGAGGGCUUGGCUUGGUCGCGCGCGCGUAGUCGCGGCAUGUGUGACAUUGGCACACGCACGAGCAUCAUGCCUGCUGAGGGCUUGCGUGUGGGGUUGCGCGUGCUGAGCACGCUGAACGCUUCGUAUGCACACUGCUGCCCACCGGAGGGCUGUACUCGGGUUGACUAUGCGCGGUACGACCGCCGGAUUAUUGCAUACUGGUCGCUUGUGCGAUAGGCCCACCGGAGGGCUUGGCUUGGUCGCUCUCACGCGCGUAGGCGCGGCACAUGUGACAUUGGCACACGCACGAGUAUCUUGCCUGCUAAGGGACUUGCGUAUGGGGUUGCGCGUGCUGGGCACGCUGAACGCUUCGUAUGCACACUGCUGCCCACCGGAGGGCUGUACUCGGGUUGACCCGCUUUACUUGUGCGAUAUGCCCGCCGAAGGGUGUUAUUACACGGUCGUGCGUACAUAGAGGUGGCACGACAUUUACACACUCGUGUCACGCCCACUGAGGGACAUGUGUUACGUGGUAUGUGUAUCUGUUUUUGCAUGAACCGGGCACGCUGGUAACUUCAUAUUUGCGCGACUGCCCAUCGGAGGGCUGUGGUUGGUUGCAUUGCGCUCGGCACGAGCGCCGCCGUACUCACACGAUGUACAGUACGCUUGAAAGCUGGUACCCCCGGACUAUGUAUGCAAGGCAUAGUGGCUGCGACACUCUCGCGGGGCACACAUGCUGUGCAUUAUUGCCCGCCAGAGGGCUCCACGUGUAUUGAUGUUGCUCGCACGUUUUAUACGUCUAGUACGCCGGUAUGCGUUGGCGGCCAGCAAGUGCACUGUCUCAAGACAGUAUCCGCGCAGAAUGUAAUCGGAAGCCCGCAUAGGGUUUGCUUGAUGCGGCGCUUCGGUCGCGAACGACGCACCAAUGCCUUGUCCCUUCUUGCUACGCAUUUAUGUGGGCACGGGUGGGAACCACACACAUCGGGACUACGCUUUCCUGCCCCUUGCCAUGUUCCAUCACGGGCGCUUCGGUCGCGCGCUGAGGCCCACCAGACUGUUUGAUGUGAUGUGACUCCGCCGGCAGUGGUCGCUGUAUAUACAAAAGACUUUCAAGCACUAUGCCGGACUAUGCCGGACAUACCGCUCCUGCGUUGCUUGCCCGUCAGGUGGCGUGGUGACUGCAGACUCAUCAUGGGGCAUGUCAGUUGUGCGCCAAUGCUUGCCGGAGGGCUUCACGGUCUCCGCUUGGAUUAUUCUGGCAUGGCAUGCAUGAGCGAGCGCGCUCUCUUGACCGGACGCCGGACACGCACCGGAGGGCUUGCUUAUGUGGCUAGUGGCGGCGCGCCCACUCGACGCGCCAGUUGUGCGUGCGCUCAGGCCCGCCAUAUUGAUUGACUUCCCGUGACUGUAUGUGCGACUUUCGGACUUUGUGUCAGGCACGUGCGCGUGGCCUUGGACUCUAGGCCUGCCGGACAUACCGCUCCUGCGUCGCUUGCCCGUCAGGUGGCUAUGCUAGCAAUGCUCAUGCAUGACACGGUGGCUGCAGUACUCAUUAUAGGGCAGAUCAGUUGUGGCUAAUUCCCGCCGGAGGGCUUCGCGGUCUCCGCUUGGAUUACGGUAUGCCUGUACCGGUAUGGCAUAAGGGCGCAAUUCCCUUUUAAGCCGGACGCCCA